GCUCUUGCAGCGCGGUGGCGAGCUGCGAGCGAGGGGCCGUUAUUGCAACACGUCCCCCCGCGCACUGGGCUCGUAACGCCCGGCUCGGCUUUUCGGCAAGUUCCCGAUUGCCGAGGCGGCGUUUGAGGAAGUCCUCGGGCGGGCAGAGACCCCUCCGUGAGCCUCCGCCGCGCCGGCCGGGGAGCCGGGCAUGGGCUGCUGGUACAUCGGCCACCUCGCCCAUCCGCCUCCCGCAGCUGAGCCAAGGUUCUGAUGCCGUCCUGAGCCUUGCCAGGCGCAGGAGAUGCACUGAGCGGUGUGAGGUCUCUGCGGCCAGGCCCCCACCAUGGAGGACGGGGGGUCUCUGCCCGUGGCCGCCUGGCUGGCGGCCCUCCACCUCGACCAGUAUGUGGAGACCUUCCAGCAGAGCGAGCUGUGGACGGUGUGGGACUGCCGGGCGCUGACGGACGAGGUGCUUACCCGCCUCGGCGUGGUGCUGCCUGGCCACCGCCGCCGCAUCCUCCUGGGACUCCAGAAAGCCUUUGCCGAGACCACCCUGCCCGCCGGGACCCCUCAACCCCCCGUCAGAAAACCCGUGCCCAUGAAACGCCAUAUCUUCCGCUUGAGCACCGCGGCGGUGCCGGGGCAGCUGGAGCAGCCGGAUCCCCCGUGCCUGGCGGUGCCCAGUGGGUCCCCGGUCCUAGAGCCGGAGGGGGGUGCAAACUUCACCCAGCUGCCCCCACCCAUCCCACCCAGGGUGGGCUGCCGCCCCCCUGUCAAAUUCUCCCCAUCGCUAACGAGCGGCAGCCCCGAGCCCCCCCUCGUGCCCCGCAGCCGCCCCCCGGCCCCAGAGCUGCCCGCGCCACCAACUGUGGCUGAGAAGCCCCUGGCCGAAAGCAGGGUGAGACCCCCCCUGCCACCGCUGCCGGCCAAACGUCACCAGCUGGAAGGCAAGUGCCAGUCCCUGAAGACCCCCCCGCCGCCCAGCCGCCCGCCGGUGCUGCCCCCAAGGGCCGUGUCCCAGAGGAGGUAA